CUGGUCCAGUGAACAGGCGGCAGCAGCACCUCGCACACCAAACAACAACAGUGACAACAGGGACAACAACAACAAAAACAGGAGCGGCGGAACAGUCAAAGCCGAGAGCGCAUGCCCUGCUCCAACUCAGGCCCUAGUUCGCCAUGGAGCCCACCGUCGUCAGCAAGAGGGUGAUCGUGGUGCUGCUGCUGGUGCUGCCGGCGCUGCUGGCCGCGCCCAACCACCAGGCCGACCAGCAGGCCGACGCGGAGGACACCAAGGAGGCCGCCAACUACGACUUCGACGCGGACUUGGCGGCCACCGCCAGGGGCCAAGGCUUCUUCGACGGUUUCUCAAGGGGCUACUCCCGUUUGGGCAAGAAGAUGAUCCUGCCCCUGCUGGUGGGCAUCCUGCUCAAGGUGGCCAGCUUCGUGCCGCUCAUCCUGGGCAAGCUGUCGCUGCUCGCCCUCGCCUCCAUCGUGGCCUCCAAGCUGGCGCUCAUCAUCUCGGCCAUCGUGGGCGCCAAGAAGCUGCACUCGGCCACGCCGUACUCGUACUCGCACCACGGCGGCGACUGGGAGACGGCGGCCAGCAACAUGAGUCUGAAGCUGCACGCCUCCACGCAGUCCUCGGACACCGACGAGUCCCUCCCGACGCCGCCGCCGUCGACCGACACCUCGACGUCGUCGACCAUCAGGCCGGAGUCGCAGACCCGGCGGCGGACCAGGAGAAGCGCCAUCCGGGGGUGA